AUGGUUGAAGCCUCUCCACUCAUGGAGAAUCUCACGGGUUUCUUCGUCUGCCCCUUUAACCAUAAGAUCCGCAUUUCCAAUCGACUCGAUGGUAUCGUCAAGGUCCGUGGAGUCUCUCAAUUGGUGUACAAGGUCUUGAACAACUCUGUCCUCGCUCGAUUGGAUCAACUUCAAGACAUUGUGGGCGCUUCGGUAGGCUCUGGACGUGCGAAAAAGUGCCUGCUUCUGGGCCUGCCGCUCAGAAAGUCCCUCUGGGGCUGGGUACACACAUGGACACUUAUCAUUCGUGCAUCUGAGGCACCUUGGCCGGGUGCCACUGCACUGUAA